GCAAUUUGGUUUACAGCAAAAGAAUAACGGGAUGACGAAUACCUGGAAAGGUAUUGCAAUUUAACCAUCUGUAGCACUUGGCUCCUCUGUGAAAGCUUUCUUUAAAUCCUUUCCCUGCAAGGGAGGUAUUGCUAUCCUUGCUGCGAGGGAGGUUGAGAAGUGAGGAGACUUACCCAAGGUGUUAGAAGCAGAAAGCGCAGAGGUGGGCUCCAGCUCUGAAUGUCCCGACCUGAUUCCGUCCCAGUACCUAUCUAACUGCAAACACUAGCCCCCAGGGUUGACGGGAGAGAAACACAAACUGAGGGCAGUAGCAACUCCUGUGUUAGGACUCUAUGUGGACAGUGCCCUAAAGGCAGCAUUUUAUAGAGCUUUUCAUCGCUUGUAAAAUAUGCUUGCAGUAUGCCACUCACUUUUUAAUGGAAGGAAACAUUUGGAGUGGUCUUUGAAUUUUUCAACUGAAAAGAUCACUUUCGUGUCAAGUCCAAUUAUAGCACUGAAGUUAAAUUUGUGUUUUCAUAAGGAAAAAAAUCUAUAACCAAAACCCAGAAUGUACAUUUGUAGCUAAUCUUGAAAAAUUCUUUGUUUCGAGACAGGGUUUUACUGUGUAACAGCAUCAACUGGCGUGAACUCGCUCCAGUAGACCAGGCUGACCUUGAACUCACAGAGAUCCGCCCGUCUCUACCUCCGGGUUGACGGGAUUAAAGGCGUGCACCACCACCGCCCGACUUUGAUAAAUAUUUACUUUUAUUCAACGAGUACGUGUUUUGCUUGCUUGCAUCUAUUUACACGUGCAUCAAGUGCACGCCUAGUGCCUGUGGGGUCAGAAGAGGGAGUUGGCGCUCCUCCACGUGGGUGCUGGGAACCGAACCUGGGUCCUCUGCAGGAGUAGCACGUUAUCCUAACUGUGGGGCUCUCCCUCCGGGCUCCUUGUACAACAGUUCUUAAGAAAAUUACAGAUUGUCCACAAGGCUGCUGCCUCGAGAAUUUAGAAACUUCAACUUCCUAGCUGAUUGCUAAGGUCUACAGAGAUCUUCAGACCUCAAAGAAAGUAGUCAAUUGGCGCGGCCACCACUCACGGAGGUACCGGACUGAAGGUCUCCGCGUGACUCGGGGGCGCGGCGGCUACGUAGAGCACCAGAGACGACGCUGGCGUACUUCCUGUAUCCAAUCGCCCCUCCCCCUGAGGACCCCCACGCCCGCGCCCCUUGCCUGCCGGCGCGCUCUCCGCAGGUGGCCGCGCAGGAGCCCCGCCCCCCGCUCGCUCCCUAAGUCGCGGGGCCUCGUCCGCUCGCUCUCGCGAGAUCCGGGCCGCCGAGCGCUCGGGGCCUUUUCAAAUCGCGGUCCGUUACCGCUCCGCCGGCCGCCGCCAUUGUAGCGCUCGGAGCCCUCAGCGCGGCCGAGGCGGAGCCCGCGGCGGGAUGGCCGAUGCCGACAAGCCCGAGGCGGCCGCCGGUGACGACGGUCCGCAGCAGCAGCCGGCCGAGCCGCGGCGAGACCCGCACCCCGCCGAGUCCGAGAAGCCGCCGCGCAGCAGCGCCAACGGCGUUAAAAUGGAGAAUGAUGAAUCAGUGAAAGAAGAAAAAUCUGAUUUAAAAGAAAAGUCGACGGGAAAUAAGAAGGCCAAUCGAUUUCAUCCCUAUUCAAAAGAUAAGAAUUCGGGUACUGGAGAAAAGAAAGGUCCAAAUCGGAACCGAGUGUUUAUUAGCAACAUCCCCUAUGACAUGAAAUGGCAGGCUAUUAAAGACCUGAUGAGAGAAAAAGUUGGUGAGGUUACAUACGUGGAGCUCUUUAAGGAUGCGGAAGGAAAAUCAAGGGGUUGUGGUGUGGUUGAAUUCAAAGAUGAAGAAUUUGUAAAGAAAGCACUAGAAACUAUGAACAAAUAUGACCUUAGUGGAAGACCUCUGAAUAUUAAAGAGGAUCCCGAUGGAGAAAAUGCUCGCCGGGCACUGCAGCGAACAGGAACAUCAUUUCAAGGAUCACAUACCUCUGAUGUGGGGUCUGGGUUGGUGAAUUUGCCACCUUCCAUUCUCAAUAAUCCGAACAUUCCUCCUGAGGUUAUCAGCAAUUUGCAGGCUGGUAGACUUGGUUCCACAAUUUUUGUUGCUAAUCUUGACUUCAAAGUUGGUUGGAAGAAGCUAAAAGAAGUGUUCAGCAUAGCUGGAACUGUAAAGCGGGCAGAUAUUAAAGAAGACAAGGAUGGCAAGAGCAGAGGCAUGGGCACUGUCACUUUUGAGCAAGCAAUUGAAGCAGUUCAAGCAAUUUCCAUGUUCAAUGGGCAGUUUUUAUUUGAUAGACCUAUGCAUGUGAAAAUGGAUGACAAAUCUGUCCCUCACGAAGACUACCGUUCACAUGAUAGUAAGACAUCACAGUUACCACGCGGUCUUGGAGGCAUUGGAAUGGGACUUGGUCCAGGUGGACAACCUAUUAGUGCCAGCCAGUUGAACAUAAGUGGUGUCAUGGGAAAUUUGGGUCCAAGUGGUAUGGGAAUGGAUGGUCCGGGUUUUGGAGGAAUGAAUAGAAUUGGAGGAGGAGUUGGGUUUGGUGGUCUGGAAGCAAUGAAUAGCAUGGCAGGAUUUGGUGGAGUUGGCCGAAUGGGAGAGCUAUACCGUGGUGCAAUGACUAGUAGCAUGGAGCGAGAUUUCGGACGUGGUGAUAUUGGAAUAAAUCGAGGCUUUGGCGAUUCCUUUGGUAGACUUGGCAGUGCAAUGAUUGGAGGGUUUGCAGGAAGAAUAGGAGCUUCUAACAUGGGUCCAGUAGGAACUGGAAUAAGUAGUUACAUUUGUUAUCAACAGAAAACCAGCUGGAAAGUCACAGCACUGGAUUUUCAUCUGCCUUUUGACUUGACUUGGCAGAAACUAAAAGAGAAAUUCAGCCAGUGUGGUCAUGUAAUGUUUGCAGAAAUAAAGAUGGAGAAUGGCAAGUCAAAAGGCUGUGGGACAGUUAGGUUUGAAUCCCCAGAGUCAGCAGAAAAGGCCUGCAGAAUAAUGAACGGCAUCAAAAUCAGUGGCAGGGAAAUCGAUGUUCGCUUGGAUCGUAACGCAUAAUUUCAAGCAUGGUUGGAACAUUCCUUCAUCUGUUUAUUGAAUCUCCUAGUAAAAGUCAUUUUUUAGUAAUGUUGUAUGCUUACAAAUGCUGUAAAAAUGAACUUUUAAAACUCCCACCAGCUUUUAACAGUAUAAUGUUGAAAAAUAUACUGUGAUUUUCGUUAUCUCAAGUUUGCGUUUCUAAAGUCAACAAGUCUGGUCAUUCAGUUUCAAUGGAUGGACACACCAUUUUUAAUCAAAUAAGCCAUUUAAUUGUUCCCAGUAGUAGGGUUUGUUUGUUCUAAUUUUCCCAGUCUUAUUGUAAGUUAUCAGGAUACCCUCACCCCCACCCCCAGUCUCUGCUCUAUAUCUAGUUGUUAAUGAAAAGAAAGGGCUCAGACAAAUUAGGAUGUGGUUUUGGUUUGGUGUGAAUCACUUUUCUCUGCCUAUAAAGAAUAGUAGUUAAAGGUUACACUAUAAAGUCAA